AUGCAGUGGUCAGGGCCAGAAGAUUCUUCCCUGGACAGGGUAGAGCACCAGAAGCAGGAAACACCAUCCAGAAAAAGAAUAAUGGAAAAUUGUACGGACACAAAUAACAAGUGUGAGGGAAUUCCCUACAAAGACAGCAAGACACUUCUCGUUGCUGUUUACAGCAUCGUUUUUGCCAUAGGCCUUCCAGCAAAUUUUGUAACUUCCCUGCUUACAUUUGUACAGAUCCAAAGGAAUAUAGUAAUUGCCAUCUACAUUUUCAGUUUAUCACUGAGUGAGCUGAUGUAUUUAAGUACCUUGCCUCUCUGGAUUAUCUAUGUGCAAAAUGAGCACAAGUGGAAUAUGGGUGACACAGCUUGCAAAGUAACAGCAUUCAUUUUUUUCUGCAACAUAUACAUCAGCAUUCUGCUUUUGUGCUGCAUUUCUGUGGAUCGUUACGUGGCACUGGUGUAUGCUCUGGAGUCAAGAGGGAAAAGAGAACAAAAAAGGGCAAUCAUAAUAGUGUGUUUUCUCUUUGUUGUGGUUGCAAUAAUCCACAUUCCAGUAUUUACCAUGAAGAAUGUGAACACCUGUUUUGACACUUUGCCCCUUGACAUAAAGCUGGCUUCUUUCAGCUUUGCCAGAUUCCUAUUUGGACUUGCCAUACCUUUCACAAUUCUCAUUUUCACAAACUACAAAAUUUUCCAAACUACAAAAACAAGCAGCAGCUUGACUUGUCACCAAAAAGCCAAAGUGAAGUACCUGGCUAUCACCAUUAUUGUCAUUUUCCUCAUCUGCUUUGCUCCAUACCAUGUGGUACUCAUAAUAAGAUCCAUAUACUUUUUGUUUCAUCAAAAUUGCUCAUGUCCAUUUGAAAAAGUCAUAUAUUCAACUUUUACAGUGUUCCUGUGUUUAAGCACUGCAAACAGCAUUGCUGAUCCAAUCAUCUAUGUGCUGGUUAGUGAAAAUGUCAGAAAAGACUUUUAUAGGAGUCUCAGAAGAUGGAGAUAUAACACAACCAGGCUGAAUUCAUCCAUUAAUCACAAGACUGACAGCAUAAAAUUGAAAAUGUCAAAAGAAUCACAGGAAGGAAGGCUAAGAGAAGAAGACAAAGAAAUACCGGAUUCAUCUGAUAUUCAAAAGACCUGCAAUAGUGGCAAAGACCAAGAAGGUGGUAGCUAA